CCUCAAAGAAAAUCUACUAUUCCUCCAAAUAAGAGUAUCCUCCGUCUAAGGCAACUAAAACUUCAACAAUCAUGUCCGGGACUAAUCCGCCGGACGGAGGAGGGUCCGGUUCAAUUAGAAACAAUCCAGACGUUCGUCAGAGAGUGCUAGCUCCUCCGAAAGCGGGUUUGCUAAAGGACUUCAAGUCGGUGGUUGAAGAAACUUUCUUCCAUGAUGCACCCCUUAGGGAUUUCAAGGGCCAAACCCCAGCUAAGAAGACGUUGCUCGGGAUCCAGGCUGUCUUCCCGAUCGUUGGGUGGGCCAGAGAGUACAAUCUUCGCAAACUUAGAGGCGAUGUCAUUGCUGGUCUCACCAUUGCUAGUCUUUGCAUCCCUCAGGACAUCGGAUAUGCAAAACUCGCGAAUUUGGAUCCAAAAUACGGACUAUACUCGAGUUUCGUGCCACCACUGGUGUACGCGGGCAUGGGGAGUUCUAGAGAUAUUGCGAUAGGACCAGUCGCUGUGGUGUCUCUUCUUUUGGGAACUUUGUGCCAGGCCGUGAUCGACCCAAAGGAUGACCCAGAUAAUUAUCUUCGCCUUGCCUUCACUGCCACUUUCUUUGCUGGCGUUUUCCAAUUCGGCCUCGGUUUACUGCGGUUGGGAUUCUUGAUAGACUUUCUGUCACAUGCAGCCGUUGUUGGGUUCAUGGGAGGAGCAGCCAUCACAAUCGCUCUCCAACAGCUUAAGGGCUUUCUUGGCAUCAAGACGUUUACCAAGAAAACUGAUAUUAUUUCUGUCAUGCAAUCCGUUUUCGAAAACGCUCGUCAUGGGGGGAAGAGAAACAAGAAACUCUUUUGGGUUCCAGCAAUUGCUCCUCUUAUUUCUGUCAUUAUCUCGACCUUCUUUGUCUUCAUAACUCGUGCUGAUAAACAAGGAGUCCAAAUCGUGAAACAUAUAGACCAAGGAAUCAAUCCGCUUUCCUAUAAAAAACUCUUCUUCUCCGGAAAAUAUUUUAUGGAAGGAAUCCGAAUUGGAGGCAUCGCUGGUAUGGUCGCCUUAACGGAGGCUGUAGCGAUUGCAAGAACAUUUGCGGCAAUGAAAGACUAUCAAAUCGAUGGGAACAAAGAGAUGAUCGCCCUAGGGACUAUGAAUGUCGCCGGUUCACUCACUUCUUGUUACAUUGCCACUGGUUCGUUUUCGCGAUCUGCCGUGAACUAUAUGGCGGGAGUCCACACAGCGGUUUCAAACAUAGUGAUGGCUAUAGUGGUAGCUCUAACCUUAGAGUUCAUCACACCACUCUUCAAGUACACUCCAAAUGCUAUCCUCGCGGCUAUCAUUAUAUCGGCUGUCCUUGGUCUUAUCGAUAUUGACGCAGCUGUUCUCAUAUGGAAGAUUGAUAAACUCGACUUCUUGGCUUGCAUGGGAGCUUUCUUUGGAGUCGUCUUCGUGUCUGUUGAGAUCGGUCUCUUGAUCUCCGUGGUGAUCUCUUUUGCAAAGAUACUGCUGCAAGUGACGAGACCAAGAACCGCGAUUCUAGGCAAGCUGCCAAAUUCGAAUGUGUAUCGGAACACUCUACAGUAUCCGGACGCUGCCAGGAUUCCCGGAAUCUUGAUCAUCCGUGUUGACUCCGCCAUCUACUUUUCCAACUCCAACUAUGUCCGAGAAAGGGCAUCAAGAUGGUUGCGAGAGGAGCAAGAAAUGGCUAAAGAAGAUGGCAUGCCGGCAAUCAAAUUUGUGAUUCUUGAGAUGUCACCGGUUACCGAUGUCGAUACCAGUGGUAUUCACUCCAUCGAAGAACUUUUCAAGAGCCUCGAGAAGCAAGAUAUUCAGUUGAUUCUAGCAAACCCGGGACCAGUGGUGAUUGAGAAACUUUAUGCUUCCAAAUUCGUCGAGGAGAUUGGAGAGAAAAAUAUCUUUCUUACUGUUAGCGACGCGGUCGCACAUUGUGCUCCGGGAUUGGCUGAGCAGCAAGCUUAAUAUCGUCUAUUCAUACAUAAACACAUCAUAUACGU